UUUGACUAAUUCAUUUCUUAUUUGUAAUUAGUCUGCACAAUUUAACCUAUAGAACAGUAAAAAGAAACAAAUCGCAGUACACUUAAUUAUAAAUUAAAAUUGGGCAAGGAUAAUAACACACAAAUCUCUUCAUAUUUCAUAUUAAUUAAACACUAUGAAAAUAUAUAAACUUGAUAAUAAUAAUAAUAAGAUGAUUAUUGAACAAUUAUUUUAUUGUCUAAUUGUCUUAAUAGCUUUCAGUAGUAUCAUCAAUGCUAUACCUGUGCAUGAACUAAAUUAUGCGAACCAUAAAUCAAAUGAUCACAUGAUUGGAAAGCAAUACGAUGAACGGUAUCCUACAGAUGGUAACACAAGAUUUGUAGAAUCAGAUUAUUCAAACUAUUAUCCAAUGGCAUUAAAGCGUACUCUCUUUAAUCCUAUUUUAAUGAAACGUAAUUUCGAUCCAAUUGUAUUUAAACGUUCAUACUUUGAUCCAAUUAUAUAUAAACGAUCAUAUUUUGAUCCAAUUAUUUAUAAACGAUCAUAUUUUGAUCCUAUAUUAUUUAAACGUAAUGAGAAUCGUCAAUUGGAAAAACGUGAAUAUUUUGAUCCGAUAAUUUAUUAAAAUCAUUCAAAGAUUUAAAAAAAAAACUAUUUAUUCAAUAGAAGCACAAUGUAAUCAAUAAAAAAUGUAUUGAAAAAAAUAUAUAAAUAUUUCUGAA